AUGGGCAUCCCGGACCUGCUGCACUAUCGCCUGCUCCAGCUGAACUGGGAGCCUUACGGCUGGCAGACCAUCUGCCGCCCCGUCUGGCCGUCCAAGGACUACGAGAGAGGCUACAUGAUCUACAACGUCCUGUCCACCUACUUCAUCCCCUUUGUUAUCUGCCUCAUCACCUGCGUGCCCAUCAUCUACCGACUCUGGCACCGCUUUGAUAACGUCACCGUCCCCCCGGGUAAUGUGGAAAAGACCAAGAAAAGCACACUGAUGGUGAUUGGUGUGGUGGUGCUGUUCACGUUGUGCUGGCUGCCCAACCACGUGAUCAACCUGUGGUGGCACAGCAGCUCCAAUAAACGGCUGACAGCAGCUGUCUACUACAGCAAGUUUGUUGGAAUUUGCCUGAGCUACGCCAACUCCGCCAUGAACCCCUUUGUGUACGCCAUAGUGGGUGACAGCUUCCGGGAUUGCAUCAAGCAGACGUUUUCCAGGAAGAAACACCAGUGCCUUUCUGCGAAGACCAGACAAACGCGUCCGAGAAGAAUGCCUGUCGUAGAUUCCCGGAUAGCUUCCCGUAACCUAUCAGGGUUGUCACGUACAUGCAGUUCAUCUACAAAAGUCCAGCUUUAUGCAACCGUGUCAGAUGAUACUGAAACACAACCGACCAAAUUUACAUGUCAUGAAGCGGAAUCUACGGUGUAAAACCAGUUUAGAAGUGCUUGCUGAAGGAUAUAGGAUACAAAUUAUCCAGGUUUUGUGCUAGGUCAAAUCAAGCUUCUCACUUGUCUUAAACCUGGUCUCAAGGAGCUUGAAAGCCAACACCCCAACAAAAUCAGGAGAAUUGGGCACAUCCUUAAUCUAUUGAUUUAUGCAUGUUUACUAAGUGUCAAAUUAGUACAAGACUCAGCAAUUUCUGUUGCUAUGG